AAAUAAUUAUUAAAUAAUAAAUGGUCACAGCCUAAAGGGCUUAACAAAGGGUGUGACGUCACCUGGUUACACUGUUGAUAGCAACCACUAGUAGAACUGACAUGGUGCGUGUGUGUGGUUUAAUUUAAGUACAAAACAGUGAACAUGGAGGGUGAGUGUUCAGAGGAAGGAAUGAACCUGGACUCCCAGAAGUCUGAUAAAAACACUGACAUGAGAACGAGCGACGUUUACAGAGUGAACAACAACCUGCCAAAACGCUUCAACAAUCCCGACUGCUUCAAAGGCUACAGUAAGAGGACGGUCAACCCCCUUUAUCAAACAACCAACCAGACCUACGGUAGCAGAAAACCUACAGUGCAUGAAAUGCCGACCACUUUUAAUGGGAGUCACCGUAAGUUUUCGGAGCACAUUCUUAAGAGUGGCAUGUACAGAGAUAACGGCUUCAACACCGAGCUGGAGAAGAGUCGAAUCGUCGGGCCAAAUACCAACACCAUGCUGCAUGAUAGAAUCAUCUUUCAGCGUUUAUACCACGAUGGAGAAAACAACCAAGCUAUCUCUAGUUUGAUUUGACAUUGCCAUUAAUUUAAGGACAAGACUUUCAUGGCAUUCACUGUUUUGUCUUGUUAACAAUAAAAGCAAUUUUAAUCAUGUCUAAGAGCAGCUGAAAACAAAUUUUCCCCCAAAAAAGCGUCUGAACAACCAUCAUACUGUACUGAGACACUGACCUGAAAAAGGUUAAAAAAAAUUUAAAAAAAAUCAAUGUAAUAAUACAUGAUUCUUUUAACUCUAAGCAGGAACACUUAGAACUUUAAUAUUUUACUUUAACUUUUGACUUUCUCUUGCAGUAUUCAGGAGUGUGCUU